AUGGAGUGGCCGUCCAAGGCAUGUAGGUUCAGACCUCGCGACUUCCGCGCCUUCAAGUACGAAGAGCGGCCUUCCAAGGUUAUCACCGUCCGCCUUGACAACAAGUCGGAAUUGGAGAUUGGGAGUCUUGGCUACGAAGAGUUGUGGGUGCUCUUGCGUGGCAAGGUAAACGAACUGGACGGUAUUAACAUGGCGCAGGAGACGGAUGCAAAAGACGAUGAAUCGAACACUCUUCACAUAGUGUGGGUAUUGAGCGAAUAA